AUGCUGUUAAGGAACCCAGGAAUAAGAUUGAGUUACAAUUCAAGGUGCUGUUAUGUUUUAAUUAAUUCAAGGAAGUUGGCGUCAUUUUCUAAUGGCCCUCCUUCUGAUUUGGGUGGGAAAACUCAUCUCUUUAAUGAAGGGGUCAAUCAAGAAAACUGGAGGAAUUUUGAUGGUGUGAGACAGGGAGUAGAUGUUGUGUGCCGUAUUUUGGAAAGUGGUUCAUGGGGACCUGCCCUUGAGAAUUCUUUGUCAAUGUUUAAUGAAAAGCCUCAACCUGAGUUGGUUAUUGGAGUAUUAAGGAGGUUGAAAGAUGUUAAUCAAGCAGUGAAUUAUUUUCGUUGGGCCGAGAGGAAAAGUGAGGAACCACUUAGUGCGGAAGCUUAUAAUUCACUUCUUAUGGUGAUGGUUAGAACUAGGAAGUUUGAUUACUUAGAGCAGAUUUUGGGAGAGAUGACUAUUGCAGGAUUUGGCCCUACUAAUUACACUAGUGUGGAGUUAGUUGUGAGCUUUGUUAACUCACAGAAGCUUAGAGAAGCUUUUGAUCUCCUGCAAAUGAUGAGAAAUUUUAAAUUUCGCCCUGCCUUUUCUGCUUAUACAACUUUGAUCGGUGCUUUGUCUGAAGUUGGUGAAUCCGAUCGCAUGCUCACUCUCUUUCAUCAAAUGCAGGAGCUGGGUUAUGAAGUGAAUGUGCACUUAUUUACCACUCUAAUUCGUGUGUUUGCCAGGGAGGGCCGUGUUGAUGCUGCUCUCUCUCUGUUGGAUGAAAUGAAGAGCAACACUCUUAAUGCCGAUAUUGUUCUUUAUAAUGUUUGCGUAGACUGCUUUGGUAAGGUGGGCAAGGUGGAUAUGGCUUGGAAAUUUUUUCACGAGCUGAAGGCAAAUGGUUUAGUGCCUGAUGAUGUGACUUAUACUAGCAUGAUGGGUGUUCUAUGCAAAGCCAACAGACUGGAUGAAGCUGUUCAAAUAUUUGAGCAGAUGGAGCAAAACAGACAAGUUCCAUGUGCUUAUGCUUACAACACCAUGAUUAUGGGUUAUGGAUCAGCUGGAAAGUUUGGCGAGGCAUACAGUUUGCUUGAGAGGCAAAAGGCAAAGGGGUGCAUUCCAAGUGUGGUUGCGUAUAACUGCAUUCUUACUUGCCUUGGGAAGAAGGGAAAAACAGAUGAGGCAUUAAGAAUCUUCGAGGAGAUGAAGAGAGAUGCAGCACCCAAUCUUCCAACAUAUAACAUUAUAAUAGACAUGCUUUGCAAGGCUGGAAAUGUUGAGGCUGCUUUCAAGGUUCAGGAUGCCAUGAAAGAGGCUGGCUUGUUUCCUAAUGUCAUGACUGUAAACAUAAUGAUCGAUAGGCUUUGUAAAGCUCGAAAGCUUGAUGAAGCUUGUUCAAUAUUUGAAGGAAUGGAUCAUAAAGUUUGCUCCCCAGAUGGCGUUACAUUCUGUUCGCUUAUAGAUGGUUUGGGCAAGCAAGGUAGAGUGGAUGAUGCCUACAGGAUUUAUGAACGAAUGUUGUAUGCUGAUCAAAUUCCAAACGUUGUUGUUUAUACGUCCCUCAUCAGAAAUUUCUUCAAGUGUGGCAGGAAGGAGGAUGGUCACAAGAUGUACAAAGAAAUGAUUCGUAGUGGAUGUUCUCCUGACCUCAUGCUCCUGAAUACCUACAUGGAUUGUGUUUUUAAGGCUGGUGAAACUGAGAAAGGCAGGGCUUUGUUUGAGGAAAUAAAGGUUCAAGGGUUUCUUCCUGAUACAAGAAGCUAUUCGAUCCUAAUCCAUAGCCUUGUGAAAGCUGGUUUUGCACGAGAAACCUAUGAGUUAUACUAUGCAAUGAAGGACCAAGGCUGUGUUUUGGACACCCGUGCUUACAACACUGUUAUUGAUGGGUUCUGCAAGUCAGGUAAGGUGAACAAAGCUUAUCAGCUGCUGGAAGAAAUGAAGACAAUGGGCCACCAUCCAACUGUUGUAACCUAUGGUUCUGUCAUCGACGGCCUUGCUAAAAUUGAUAGACUUGAUGAAGCAUACAUGCUCUUUGAGGAAGCGAAGUCAAAUGGCAUAGAGUUAAAUCUUGUGAUCUAUAGUAGUCUUAUUGAUGGGUUUGGAAAAGUUGGUAGAGUUGAUGAGGCAUAUCUAGUUAUGGAAGAAAUGAUGCAGAAAGGUUUAACACCUAAUGUGUACACAUGGAAUUGCUUGCUGGAUGGAUUGGUGAAAGCAGAGGAAAUUAGUGAGGCCCUUGUCUGCUUUCAGUCCAUGAAAGACUUGAAAUGCAUUCCGAAUCAGGUAACUUAUUGCAUUCUCAUAAAUGGCCUCUGUAAGGUUAGGAAAUUUAACAAGGCCUUUGUGUUUUGGCAAGAGAUGCAAAAGCGAGGAUUAAAACCCAAUACCAUCACCUACACUGCCAUGAUCUCUGGACUUGCAAAGUCGGGAAAUGUUGCACAGGCGAGUAGUCUAUUUGAGAGAUUUAAGGCAAGUGGGGGGAUACCUGAUUCUGCUAGUUAUAAUGCUAUGAUAGAAGGGUUGAGCGCUGCAAAUAGGGCAUUGGAUGCAUAUCAACUAUUUGAGGAAACUCGGUUGAAGGGUUGCCUUAUUCAUACCAAAACUUGUGUUUCACUUUUGGAUGCACUGCAUAAGGCUGAAUGUCUUGAGCAGGCGGCAAUAGUGGGGGCUGUUUUGAGGGAAACAGCAAAAUCUCAACAUGCUGCAAGAUCUUGGUAA